AUGCGUGUACCUUCAAAGUAUGUGACUAUCAAGGCAAAUGGUUUUCAGCGACUAAUGAAGUCUUUUGCAGUGGCUUCAAAAUGCCAAGACAAACAGUGGAGGGACAAAGCGCAGGUCGCGUCGAGGGACGACACGGCCUACAAGCGACACAUCGUCAACACGCGACAGUCGAGUCACGGAUACAUCCCAGAAGGCUUCGAGGCGGUCUUUGGCUCUUGGAUGGGAAGAUAUGCUUGCCCUUUCUUGUUCGGUCACAAUCUAGCAGACAAAUACGUCAGCAUAUCUGACCUCUGUCGCCAUCUCGAUGGGUGCAUAGUAGAUACUGGCGACAGUCAAUUAGUCGAUCGAUGUCGAGAUAUUGAACAGUCUUUACAGAGCACCAUUUCUGCGUUCGCGGCACGAUGGCUCCCUGUUACAUCUCCUGAGCCGAAUUCCAACGAGGAUCACUGCAGUCUUGUCCAGACUCUCUGGAGGCAUGCUCGAAGGGACAUGUUACGUGUCAUCAACAGACCGUCUUACCGAUCAAUGCUGUCUCUGCUUCUGUUUGCCCUCACGCCGAUACCUGAGGGUAUUUCAGAGGAAGAGGAGACAGAUGGGAUUUCCGGUCAGGCUUGUGUUCAUGCAGCCUUGCAGCAGAUACAAACACUACGUGCACGUCAGAGAAAUCUACAAUUCAGCGGAUCCAAAGUUUCUCCGUCUCUCAAGUCGCAAGCUAUUGUCACAACACCAGAGUCAAUCGAGACAUCAGGCUUCAUAAAUGCCGAAAGUACUGUAUACUGGGCAGCUCUAACAUUUGAUACCUCCGCAUCUCUUACCCUCAAUUGCCGCUCCCUUCUAUCUUCAGGUCUCUUCGGCUUCGAAUCUGAACUCCCAUGGCGUCUCGUCAAAACUUGUGCCAAGAUGUUCGACGAGAACGCCCGUCAGUGGAAGCAAGGUAGCUCAGACAUGACAGAUGAAAGGGCGAAUCAAAUCAUUGCUGCUGGGGCCUCUUGGAAACUUCUUGGAUGGAAAGUUACCGCCAUAUUCAAAGAAGCUCUGAGAGAUGGCCAUGAGGAGUCAGAGGUUCGGAGAGCAUACCUGGCCGUAGUUGACUCUGUUAAACAAUUUGGGAUCAUUUAUCGUCCUCUUUUGGAUGAAUGUCAUAAACGCAUGCCUUUUCUUGGGCAGCAGACAAAGCUUCGAUGGUUUUCUCUUAUGCUUCACUACCAUCUCAGCAUUCUCAUGCUGGUAGAUAUUAUCGAAGCCACAGACCGUCAAGACCUCCUCCCAGAUAUAACCGACAUAUGCAUCGAUGCUGAAAACACGGUGAUGAAUACUCUAGCAUUCGGUUUGCACAACACAUUCACAUUAAAGCGACCUCGCGAUUCAAUCGAGAGCGAUGGUUUCAGUAGGAGACAAACGGUAUUCACAGUACCGAUCGUGUCUAUUGAUCCAUAUCCGCACCAUGCCGUUGCUGGGGUACAGUUACUGAGGAAAGCCAUUGACCGCGACUUUGGCAUUGGAAAAAUCACCGAAGAAACUUAUCAGAGUUUACUGUCCACGUUGGAGAGGACGUUGAGGCAUUUGCCGCAGAGCUCAAAGUCUGUGCAGGCAGCGAUAGCAAAGUUCUCAACAACGGCUGAUGAAAAUAGUAAGGUGGUUGGGUUGAAUGCACAUACCGACGCCAUGGACUUGGCGCUGACGUCGGUCACUUUGAUCGGAGCGGGCACUCAAGGAAGACGCCUUGCAUUCAUGUGGUCGAGUAGAGGAAACGAUGUCCAUCUGGUCGACGGCCAAGAAGCCCAACUUCAAGCCAGCAUCGAAGCCAUUGAGGAGUUUCGACAAAGUUCAAGCAACAGAAAUGCUUUCUGGGGUAGAAUCAUAACUCAUUCUCCCGAAAGCUUGCGCGAGGCUCUUCAAGCUGCUUGGUUGGUAGUCGAGUGUGUACCUGAGCAAAUCGAGCUGAAGACGAAAGUCAUCUCAGAGCUCGAUUCACUAGCUCCACGAGAUACUAUCAUUGCGUCAAACUCGAGCAGUUAUUCCUGUUCGGAGAUAUUGAAGGGUCUUAAUCUAAGAAACGAGAGUCGUUUUCUAAGCGCUCAUUCUUACUGGCCACCUGAGACACCCGAAAUCGAAAUCAUGGGCCAUGAAACAACCAACCCUUCAUACAUCACAUUGAUGAUGGAGCAAUGCAAAGUCCAUGGCUUCUCGCCAUUUCAUGUUAAGUCACCAUCAAUGGGAUACAUCUACAACAGAAUAUGGGCGGCUAUCAAGAGAGAAGCCCUCCUUGCAGCUUCAGAAGGCGCUGCAACACCAGAAGAAAUCGACGAUAUUUUCAAGGGAGUAUUGAAAACACCCAAAGGGCCUUUUGAGCAGAUGGAUGUUGUUGGUUUGGAUGUUGUGUUGGAUAUUGAGCAGCAUUAUGCCGAUGCUAGGGGAAAUAUCCCAAGUGCACCCCGAGAAUAUCUACAGAAGUUUUUGGAUGAAGGUAAUCUAGGCGUUAAGAGCGGGCGAGGAUUUUAUGACUACGGGAAGUCUUAA